AUGCGAGAACUCACCCAAACCCACGCCCUACUCACCAAAACCGGCCUCGCCUCUCACCCCCCUCUCCUCGCCAAACUCCUCGCCCUCUCUGCCCUCUCCCCUUGGGGCAGCCUCGCCCACGCCCGCUCCCUGUUCGACGCAGUGCGUAUCCAAUCCGCCCUCCUCUACAACGGCAUGAUCCGUGCCUACUCCCAGAGCAUCUUCCCCACCGAAGCCAUUCACCUCUACAACCAGAUGUGCCGCCUCCGCUUGCGGCCCGACAAGCUCACCUUCCCCUUCGUCCUCAAGGCCUGCGGCCGCUCCGCCAACGUCGAGCGCGAGGUUCCCCGUGUGGCCCUCGCUCGGAAGGGCUCCGAAGUCCACUGCCGCGCCUUCCGCCUUGGGCUGGACCGCGACGGCUUCAUCCAGAACUCGCUUAUGUCGAUGUAUUCCCAGUGCGGGCGCGUCGGCGACGCCAGCAAGGUGUUUGAUGAAAUGGUUGAAAGGACCAACGUCUCGUAUAAUAUUAUGAUAGCUGCGUUUGAUAGGAAUGGAGAACACGAGUUGGCGGACCGGCUUUUCUACCAGAUGGAGGAGAAGAGCGUGGUCUCUUGGAAUAGUAUGAUCACGAGACACGUGAGGCUGGGAGACGUUAAAGCGGCGAGGAAAAUCUUCAAUGAAAUGCCUCAAAGAGAUGCCAUCUCUUGGAACACCUUAAUGGCAGGUUACAUUCAGGUUAAGAACUACAAGCAUGCGCUGGUACUAUUUAAACAGAUGCAAGCGAGUGAUGUCAAGCCGACAGAGCUAACCAUCGUGUCUGUUCUUGGAGCUUGUGCUGAGACCGGUGCAUUUGAGAUGGGUAACGAGGUACACAAAUACUUGAGAGAGGAGGAGUUCAAGAUUGAAGGCUAUGUGGGCAAUGCUCUGUUGGAUAUGUAUGCGAAAUGCGGUAACUUGAAGCUGGCUUGGCAAGUGUUCGAUGCGAUGGGGGUGAAGCAUGUGACUUGCUGGAAUACAAUGAUUGUGGCUCUGGCAGUACAUGGUCACUGCAAGGACGCUCUUGAGCUGUUUGCUUCCAUGGAGAGGGAGGCAAGCCGGAGUGCAAAGCCCAACCGGGUCACUUUUCUCGGGGUCUUGCUUGCUUGUAGCCACAAGGGUCUUCUAAAGGAGGGGCAAGACUUUUUCCGGAGAAUGGUCAAAGAAUAUAACAUUGAGCCUGAUAUAAAACAUUAUGGUUGCAUGGUUGAUCUGCUGAGCCGGUGUGGACUGGUUAAGGAAGCUUUUCAGAUGAUAAAGGAGAUGCCAACAAAGGCAAAUUCAGUGUUGUGGAAGACGGUGCUUGGGGCUUGUAGAGUUCAUGGUGAUGUGGAGUUGGCAGAAGAAGCAUUUAAAGAGCUUGCAGAUUUGGCUCCACUGAGUGAUGCGGAUUAUGUUCUGAUGUCGAACAUUUAUGCAGAAGCUGAGAGAUGGGAAGAUGUCGAGCAUGUAAGGACUGGGAUGAUCGGUGAUAGCAUUUCAAAGCAACCAGGUAGUACUCAGAUUGAGCUAGAUUAG